CUGUCGUACAGGUUGACCUGUUGUCUCAUUCAGCCAUAACUCAGUCGACGAGAGCAAUUAGUACUCCACCUAUAUUGCUAGCUAUAAUAAUAUCGACCAUGCGAAUAGCAGCAGCCAAGUCAAGCAGGGAACUGACGGCUAAAGAAGGUGGUUCAAAAUAUCGCUGGAUAUGGUUGAGGCAGGGACACUACUGAUAGUCAAGAAUUUAGAAAGACUGGGAGUGGUAGCUGGUGUUUAAUGAGAGAGUCUGAGAGGUGAGUUGAGCCACUUCCUUUAACAUUGGCAACUUCACAAAUAUAGAAUGCAAGAGCCUCCUUUAACAAUCACAUCUUGAGAGUGAAAAUGGGAGCUGAUUUGAGCAGCUUUCUCUUGGUAUGGGUAUCAGCUGUGGCAUUACUCUGCUACUGUCACAAGAUAGGUCAAUUAGCCCACAAAGGCACAACCAGGCUUCUUGCAAUCUUGCCAGUCGUAUGCAUCUUUCUUGUCAUGCCUCUCAGUAUCCUUAAUCUGAGUCUAAGAGCUAUUACUUCUUUCUUAUUUUGUUGGCUUGCCAACUUCAAGCUCCUUCUCUUUGUCUUCGAUCAAGGCCCUCUAUCAUCCAACCCGCCCCUCUCCUUGCCACAUUUCCUUGCCUUUGCUUGCUUUCCUAUCAAGAUUCAACAAGACCCUACACCAACAGUAUCACCUCAUGAUCAAGAGCUUGUAAAUGUUGAUGAUAAUCAAGAUCUUGAGAAGCUCGUGAAUGUUGAAAACAAAGACACCCCAUCUCAAAAAAUCGCCCCAAAAGGCCUUAAAUCUCAUCUAAACUACGCCUUGAAGUUUUUCCUACUAGUCAUAUUUGGUUUCAUCUAUACCAAGGAAGACUAUGUCCAUCCAAAAUUUAUACUGUUCCUCUAUGUUAUCCACAUUUAUAUUGCUCUAGAAUUAAUCUUGGCCAUGUUUGGAGCCCUAGCUCGAGCCUGUCUCGGUGUAGAACUCGAGCCACAAUUUGAUGAGCCAUACCUCGCCAGCUCUUUGCAAGACUUCUGGGGUAAGAGAUGGAACCUAAUGGUCACUAGCAUCCUGCAUCCAACUGUAUACAGUCCAAUCCGGUCAACUUUUAGCCAUUGGAUUGCAAAAACGUGGGCUUCAUUACCAGCUGUGAUGGGUACAUUUUUGGUCUCUGGUCUCAUGCACGAGCUGAUUUUCUACCACAUUGGACGCCAAAAGCCAAAGUGGGAGGUCACAUGCUUCUUUCUCUUGCAUGGUUUUUGCUUGGAUAUUGAAAUAGGUAUUAAGAGAGUAAUAAAGGGUACAUGGGGGUUGCCUAGAGUGGUGGCAGCACCUCUUGUGGUGGGGUUUGUGGUGGUUACUGCCAUGUGGUUGUUCAUGCCCACCGUGGUUCGUUGCAAGAUUGAUGCUGAGGCACGGAUGGAGACUAUUGCUUUCAUUAAUUUUGUGGAAGGUGUUUAUAUCUACUUGAAAGAUGUUUUCAUAGAUCAUAAUGAUCAUAAAUUUUAGACUAGCUAGUAAUUUUGUCACAAAAAUCAUUAGUAGUUGAAGCCAGAACUUGUAUCGGCAAGCACAUUUAUAAAAAUCUUAGACUGGU